UCCCUCUUCUAUUUUCCCAUUUUGCUCUGAGUCAAACUUCCCUCUCUCCGUCCGCGCCUCUCUCCCCCGAUUACCUUCCCAUAAUUCCCAAUCAACGCCUCUCUCCCCCACUUCACUGAAGAGUGCCGGCAGCCCAGUCGGCAGCGGCGACGUCUCCUAUUUCUACCCAGUCGACGAUAAAAGACGAUAAAAUCAUCUCUAUCCCGAUAUCUCCUUCUCUCUCUCCAGUGGCGUGAGGGGUAAUGUGCUCUAUUUAGUUGCAGAGGCGUCUCUCUCUCUCUCUGCUCUAAGCUUUUUGUUGCAGAGAGAGAACGCUCAAAGGAAUUUACUUGAAGGGGGAAUCCAUGGAUUUGGAGAAGCUCUAUUUAGUUAUCUCUGUUACAAUUGUGAUUUCGUUGGUCUCUUAUCCGUCUUCCGUUACAGCUGGGGACAUAGUUCAUGACGAUGAUUCAGCUCCCAAAAAGCCUGGAUGCGAGAACGACUUCGUCUUAGUAGAGCUUCAAUGCUGCUUUUUCUCUUCGGCCCAGUUCUUGGUAAAAGUCCAAACUUGGAUCAAUGGUAUAGAGGAUGCUGAAUUUGUUGGCGUGGGUGCUAGAUUUGGCACCACCAUUGUAUCAAAGGAGAAAAAUGCUAAUCAAACUCGCUUCACUCUUUCAGAUCCUCGAGAUUGUUGUACUCCUCCCAAGAAAAAGCUUGAUAGGGAUAUCAUUAUGGUUGAUCGAGGCAAGUGCAAAUUCACAACCAAAGCAAACAAUGCAGAAGCUGCCGGUGCUUCUGCUGUCCUUAUAAUAAAUAACCAAAAAGAACUUUACAAAAUGGUUUGUGAGCCCAAUGAAACUGAUCUUGACAUAAAAAUACCUGCUGUUAUGCUACCACAAGAUGCUGGUGCAAGCUUGGAAAAAAUGCUGUUGAAUAGUUCAUCAGGAACCUUUCUGACAUUGGGAAAGAAAAGAGGUGAUCUCAACAUUUUAUGGACAAAAGGAGAACCAGAAAGAGCUUGCCCCCAUGUCCAUCUUGAACACUCUCAUGAACUGAACAUGGAAAAAAGACCAAAACCAGCUGAUAGUUCAAAUGCGUGAUGAACUACAGACAGCGAAGAUGGGACAACAGUCUUCCUCAUUGAUGCCAUCAUCGUCUGAUAUUCCUCCAACUCAUAGAUCCCUUGGUGAUUCACAUAUGGAUUAGCAUAAUGUCAUUUCUCACGUACUUAAAUAAUAUAUUUUAUGAUAUGAAUUUGAAACUAUUUGGAUCCAUUAUAUAUUUUGAGAUAUUUUAAGUUCCUUAGUAUUGAACUAUGGUAAUGUUUUGAACUUUUAGAUUGCAGAAUCAUGAAAUGAAAUUUAUGUGUAUAUAUUGUCUUU